AUGGCUCCUCUAAGCAAUUACAUGUCCACCGAGGUUCUCUUACUUGACGUUGCAUGCAACGACAUUUAUGAACUCGGCCGCGUUCUUUGGUCUAUCACAGUCGAUCUCUAUCAUCACCGUGAUGAAUGGACUUUGACGUGCUUGGCGGAAGAGCAUGGUCGCUGGGAGAGCAGCUAUCAACGUGUUAGCAUCCAGAACUCAACUACCAUCGGUCAACUUCUUGGUGGGGAGAGACUCAUCGAGCCACCAUCAAAAGAAGUUCAGGAUCGAGAGGGUACUUUUGGUAUUGCUGUUACACAGUCCGUUAAUCCAACUCCUAGAAUCGAAGGCCGAUCACCAUUCGUCUUGCGGCUCUCGGAGUUUGCUGGCAGGCCCACUGCUCAGGUGUUGUUCUCAGGAAAGAAGAAUACCGGGCACGCUCGGGUCCUUCUCAAGGCCUUCUACAGUCUUUGGGAAAACCAUGGCCCGUCUCUCUUGAGGGAUGAAUUCCCCGUGUGUGAGGUCAGCAGCCUGAGCUAUGAUGAUAUUCGAAUCCUGGAACUGGCCAACAGUGGCAGACUUCUUGAUCAGAAGGAGUGUAUCCAGGAUGUUGUUCAGCAUCAUGCUCUCCGAUCACCCACGCAAUGUGCUGUGCGUGCUUGGGAUGGCAGCUUGACCUACAGUCAGCUCAAUGAUCACGCUAAUCGGAUCGCCACCAUGCUCCGUGCUAAUGGCAUCGUUGAAGGCGACUUUAUUCCAUCCAUCAUGGAAAAGUCAUACUGGACCAUUGUUGUGUGGCUUGCAACGCUCAAGGCCGGCGCAGUCUUUGUGCCAAUCGACCCCAAGUGUCCCGCUUCGAGGAUCAACGCCAUCUUCCUCCAGGUCUGGCCCAAGGUGUACUUCUCAAACCUUGGAUCUCAGAUGCGACGCAAGCUCAACCCCUCUGUCGCCUGCCUUGACAACUUUGAGGAGAUUGUUCAGCAGCAGGAGCCGGCUCCACUGCCACCGUCUCGUCCUGACGCAAUUGCAACUUGCUUCUUCACCUCUGGCAGCACAGGAAAGCCAAAGGGCGCCAUACAUGAUCAUGCUGCCAUUUCCACUGGCGUUGUUGAUCUUCUGGGCCCGUUUCACAUGGACAACCGCACGAACUGCAUGCACUUCGUGUCACCCAGUUUCGAUGUCAGUGUUACCGAGAUCUUUGCAACUCUGUAUGCCGGCGGCUGCAUUUGUGUUCCUUCUGAACAGGGCAAGCUCAACGACCUGAACGGGGAGAUGAGGGCUCUCGGAGUGACACAUGCGUUCCUCACCCCUUCGGUUGCGUGCCAAGUGAAGCCCAGCGAAGUUCCCACGCUACAAUAUAUCAUGCUUGGCGGCGAGCCCCUGGGUAGAGCUACUCUUGAGAGCCUCUGCAACGACGUUCAUCUCAUCAAUGUGUAUGGCUGUACGGAGUCGGGUCUUUGGGAUACUGCGUCGGAGAGACUGACUCUCCACAGUAGCCCCAGUAAUAUUGGGCAGUCUACGGGGCCACGCAUAUGGAUCGUGCACCCUAGUAACCCUGGUAACCUUCUCCCCUUCGGCACCGUUGGUGAGAUAAUGAUUGAGAGCCACUGUUUAGCACGUGGUUACAUCGGCGAGAAGCCAACCAAAUCAGGAUUUGUCUCCACCCCAGGCUGGAGGCAUCAGCUUUUCCCCGAGCUGGAUCUCGGUCGAUUCUAUCUGACGGGAGACCUGGGUUCGUACAACCCCGAUGGCAGCAUCAUGAUCCACGGUCGAAAGGACACUCAAGCCAAGAUUCGGGGCCAGAGGAUCGAGCUUGGUGAGAUCGAACACCAGUAUAAAGCGGUUCUGCCCUCUUCCCGCGUAGUGGCUGAAGUUGUGACGAUUGAUAGUCACACUAUGCUGGCUGCGUUUAUUGAGUCCUCAAGCACCGAAGGCGUGGACACAUCUGUCUGUGUUGACUCCAAGUCCAUCAGCUCAGCUCAAGCCGCACGCGUGGCUGCCACCCCCUCACUGUCAGCAGUGUUACCCGCUUAUAUGGUUCCCGAGGUGUACAUUCCCAUCAGCAGUAUCCCUCUUACCAUGUCAGGUAAGACUGACAGGCGGAGACUUAGAGAGCUGGCUCAAACCAUCACAAAAGCCCAGAUGGAGAUGAUCAACGGCGUGGAGACGGAGAAGGAGCAGCCUCGCCACGAACGCGAGCGAUUGCUACAGGCAGCUUGGGCAGCCGUUUUGCAGAAGAAGACUUCUACAAUUGGUAUCCAUGACCAUUUCUUUAAGAUUGGUGGUGACUCGUUAUCUGCCAUGAAGGCUGUGACUGCCGCGCGAAGCCUCCAGAUGACAAUCACCGUUGCAGACAUCCUGGGAAACCCAACCAUUGCCUCGCUAGCAAAGCGUCUCAAUUCGUCUUCAACCAUCAGUCUUGCGACCAAGGGAACGAAGGGCACAACCAUCAGCCUUGCCACAAAGGGAACAAGCACUAGUCUUGUCACAAAGGGAACAAAUGGAAUGAUUAAUAGAGAUGUUCAGGUAACAGUUACAUGUUUAUAA